AUGGUGAUGAUUUCAUCGAGUCACAGCGCCUACCGGGGAAACGACAAAUCAAGGUUCGACCCACUCUCCUUCCCUGGUGUUGGUUAUCAUCCCCUUGUAUGCUCGCUGUCUACCUCUUACCACAGCAAGUCCGCAGAGCUCGCCCGUAACUUAGUUUCGCGAUGUGAAUUGAUUGUGUUUCGUGUUCCAGGCUUUGUUAUGGAUCCUGUAAUAUCUACAUUUCCCAAAACUCUUCAUACCAUUGACGUCAUGGAUGCUCUCAAGCGCUGCUGGGACGAGAAGAACAAACGAGAGUUAAAGCGAUCUCAACGAAGGGACGGAGCGCACAUGCGGAGAUUCUUCAGGGAGGUUUACAUGGACAGUGUUUUCCCAAUAUUAAAUUCCGCUGAAUUGCCACCGUACAUCUGGGGUAACGACGAAAGAGAAAAGGAACGGCUUCUUUGGAUUCUUAACCAUUGCGACAAACGAACUGGUCUAGAAAGUUUACUGUCUCCUGAUAGACUUUACAAACCUUUCAAUGUAGACCGCUUCACUCUCGACUUAUCAAAACUCGCGGCAACUUGACACUCGAGAACAUACGGUUUCUUGGCAUAUUACAGCAAACUUUAUCACAAGACUGUCCGCGCAGUGCAAUUUGUGAAGCACCAUGUCGACAUGACCAUGUCAUAUUGGUGAAGAACAAACCUGAUGAAGUUUGAGUGUUUUCAUAUUAAUUUAUUGUCCAAAUAAACUAAAUUCUGUAUUUUUAGACCUUGAAUCUGAGAAAGCUGUACAAAGGUGUAGUUAUAAUUGUUUAUUUAUUUAUUGAAACCUCUUAUAUUGGAGUGAAAAUGUUGCUUCCCGAUUCCGUUCAAUUCAAACUAAAUUGAAGUUACCUAAGUAGAAUCAAAAUAUUUAAACUACUUCGAGCUUUCGGAGCCGUCACGGCGCCUUUUUGAAGUGAUGACAACUGUUAAUUGUCAUAUGGUCAAUAAUAACUAAAUUGAAAUCCA